AUUAUUCUUAAACUUUGUGUUGAUCAAUUCUGUGAUAAUUGUGUUAAAUUACCAUUCACUGUUUCCACUACACUGAUCAUCAUUCAUAUAAACAAUCAACAUAAUCUUAAUGUUUAGUAGAAAAGAACAACUCAUCCAGAAAACAGGCGAGGAUGGUGUGGGUCGCUAUGAAUUUUUAAAACAGCUUAUUAACGAAUUUACCACCACCAAGGCAUAUGACUCAAAGAAGCAAACUCUAGCAAACUUAGCCAAUUUUGCAUAUGAUCCUAUUAAUUAUGAAUUCAUAAAGCAGCUCCAUAUAAUAGAUUUAUUUCUGGCGCAAUUAUCUGAAAAUGCAGAUGAUCUGAUACAUUUUGCAUUAGCUGGACUUUGUAAUAUCUGCUGCGAUCCUGAAAGUCGUGAGCAUAUCAUAGGACUCAACGGAAUUUAUUUAGUAUCUCAAUAUUUGGACCAUACUAAUGAAGAAAUAGCCUUAAAUGCCCUCACCACACUAUUUUACCUUCUAGAGUCUGAAUCUGCAACCUUACCAGAACACUUUCAAUCUAAACUUAUUAAAUACGAAAACCACAAGAACGUUAGAUUUCAGAAUCUUGCAAAAAUAAUUCUUGAAACUUACUUUAACAAAAAUAACAAACAUGAGUAAGAAUUUAUUAAUUCGAAAAAUUCAUUCACUGAAAACCUUUACCAUUGGCGAACUAGCUUCUCUAAAAAAGAAGAUAACUGCAAAAGAUAUUGAAACAUUCAAAGAACUAAGCGGCGAUACGAACCCCGUACAUUCAUCCAUCGACGGACAGAGAGCGCUAGUGCACGGGGCGUACUUAAAUUCCUUAGUUUCAUGCGUGAUGGGUACUAAACUUCCUGGUCCAGGAACCUUGGUCGUAAAGCAGACUUUGAACUUUCCGAACAAAUGUUACGUGGACGAUAUUGUUACCGUGACUGUUCGAAUUCUUGACGUCCGUAAAAUUGUUAAGGUAGCGUUCAUAUGUGAGGUUGAAGCGGAAAAUAAGACUGUACUAUUCGGCGAUGCUCAAUUAGUUUUGGAUAAGGGGAAUCGGACAGGACAGAAUUGAAAUUAGUUUUAAGAAUAAUAAUAUUAGAAAGCGAUGUUUUGAACUUUUGAAGUACCUAUGUAAAGACAUUUUAUAAAGGCUAUAGUGUCUCUAAGAAAAGGAAAAUCUGCUUGGGUUUGAGCAGAUGGCAGAUGGCAUCGAGGAAAAUGUGAUAAUAGGCGCUUGAAAUAAGUAUAGCAUAUAAGGGGUAUAAUAAAAUCUCAGUUGGAAGGUCGCAAUUUACAUCUGUCUCUGGUUUCAGUUUUUCACUAUUAUCAUUGUAUACUAUUAUGUACCUAUUACUUGUAAAAAAAUGCUUUCUGUAAAGUGUAAGAAUAGAGGUGUUUUCUCGGGUCUCAAAUGUUUUAAAAUGUUUCAACUGGAUUAAAACAUUGUCACAUGACGUCAUAACUUCUCGGCAAGGGAAACUGGUCUCAAAACAUAGAUUAGAUUGUAUUUCGAAACGGUUUGAACCAAUUUUGAUGUACGUCAUGGGUUGAUCGCGAUAAUAUACUGUUUCAAACCUGUUUUGAACCAGUUCCAAAAAAGUUAACGCGAGAAAACAGCUCUUGUCUUUCAAAAUAAUCAGUAAAGUUUUGUGAUGGAAAUUUUUUUGUUUUUGAUUCCAGUUUUAUCAGGAUGCAAGAUUUUCGACCGUUCAGGAUGUCUAUUCUCGAAGCGGAGGAACAGCGUUCUCACGAGAACGAUUGCUCUGUCUUUGUCAGUGAAAUAUAAACAUGGGUGACUAGUACAGAACCUUCGUUCUCAUGGGAAUGCUGCUCGCCUGUUUCGAGAAUAAGGGCCCAGAAGUCAUAUUUGAAAUGAAAUGGAAUUUAUAGAUUAUAUUGAAAUGUAAUCCGUGGCUACUUUAUUGUUGGACUGAAGGCGAAAUAUUUUCUCAAGCUCAGUAAGAUACUCUGGCUUCAUAGGAUUUAGGAGAAGAUCUGGCAAAAACGAAUAUGUUUAUAUAAUAACACAGACACAGGUUAAAAAAGUUUUAGGUACCUACACGACCAAGUGUCUGUCGUAGUCGAGACGUUUUAUUAAAGUUACUGAGAACGUCUAAUAGUUAUUUUAUGGAACAUAGCUGCUAGUUUCUAAUUUGUAAAAGGAAGUUAAAAUUAAUAUGUAGUAUCAGUAUUAUGUUCUUCUUUGUCAACAGAGGCCGCAUGACUUCCGCUGUUACCAAUCUUACAAAUGAAUUAAUUAAAUGAAUCUUGCGAUUAAAUAAAUCGUGAUAUCAAUACUACCUUUCUUCCAAGGUACUUUCAAGAUACCAAAAUCA